AUGUUGGAGUCUUCUAUAACUGAUGCAGCGCCAACUUUCUGCAGCGUUGAUGAUGUCUCGUGUGAUGCGAUUCCGGAAGCAUAUAACGAAGGUGUGGAGACUACCCACUUUGCUCCCGAAUUAACGGAUGAGGUUUCAUGGGUAGAUGAUGAAAAGCAUGAAAUUAAGACUGUUCAUUUGAUCAGCUCAGGCUUUGCAGUUGUUGAUCAUUCCCCUCCAGUGUCUUCCACAGUUACCAAAAGCAGACACAGCUUUGAUGGGGAGCGCAUUGCACAGCGGGAUAAUGUGGAUAUUAUUUCAUGUGCUGCCAUUGUUGUGGCAAACAAGGAGCUUGUAGGGAAUAUCUCUAUUGGAAGGGCAAUACCUCUGAUGAGGAAAGUUUCCUUGUUGGGGAAUGCUUUGGUCGAUGGUGAGCAACAGUUUACUGGCAAAACUGUGUUGCUUGGAUUCGAUGAUAUGAACAUAUUUAAAGGUAUAAAUUUGAAACUUUUAGCUAUGGAGCACAUGCUGAAGCAGCAUCCGACUUGGCAAGGAAGAGUUGUUCUGGUCCAGAUUGCCAAUCCUUCCAGAGGAAAAGGGAUAAAUCUGGAUGAAAUAAAUCGCGAAAUAGGGGAGAGCUGCCAGAGAAUCGAUAAGGAACUUGGAAGGCCUGGAUAUGAACCUAUAGUUUUUAUCUAUCAGUCUCUAUCAAUCAGUGAAAGGAUGGCUUACUACAGUAUUGCUGAAUGUGCUGUGGUGACAGCAGUGCGGGAUGGGAUGAAUCUGACUCCUUAUGAAUACAUAGUCUGCAAAGAAGGAGUAUCAGGUGCAAAACCAGGUUCAGACUUGAGUGGACCUAAGAAGAACAUGUUGGUGGUCUCUGAAUUCAUCGGUUGUUCCCCUUCCCUAAGUGGUGCUAUUCGUGUAAAUCCUUGGAAUGUUGAAUCAACAGCAGAGGCAAUGUACGAGGCUAUAUCAUUGGCCGAGAGAGAGAAGGAGUUACAACAUGAGAAGCAUUACCGAUAUGUGAGCUCUCGUGAUGUAGCAUUUUCGGCUAGAAGCUUCUUACAGGAUAUGGAGAGAACUUGUGUUGACGAUUUCAGAAAAAGAUGUUGGGGUAUUGGUCUUGGCUUCGGGUUCAGAGUGGUGGCACUAGAUCCAAAUUUUAGAAAGCUUUCAAUGGAUGAGAUAACAUCAGCUUACUGCAGGGCUAAAAGGAGGGCUAUAUUGUUGGAUUACGAUGGCACACUUAUGUCUCAAAAUUCAAUUAUUAAGACUCCAAGUGCCCAAGUUCUAUCUCUCAUAAACACACGGCCUGGUGAUCCCAAAAAUCUAGUUUUUAUGGUCAGUGGAAAAGGAAGGGACAGCUUAAGCAAGUGGUUUCUUCCCUGCAAAACACUUGGACUUUCUGCUGAGCAUGGCUACUUCUUAAGGUGGCCACAAGUUGCAGAAUGGGAAAUAUAUGGCCAAGGUUCUGAAUUUGGCUGGAUGCAUAUUGCAGAACUUGUUAUGAACUCAUAUACUGAGGCUAUUGAUCGUUCUGGAUCGACUCGUACGAGACAGGGGCAUGGAACUCUUUGCUUUGGUGCGAUGAAACGAGUUCGUAUUUUUGACCCAGGAGAUUUUGAGAGUACUUCCACCUUGGACGAGACACUCAUGUUCUUAUUUCAUUACCCACCUUGA